UCCCACGACUGGUCGCGGGCAUGAUGUUGACAGCGUGCGGCUCGCUUUCACGCGACUAAAUCGAUGUCAGUUCCGGGACGAGAUCACAUGAAUCAGGGGGUUUGAGCACCGAGUCCCCGUCCCCCUGCUUGACCCUCUUAUCCGCCCGUGGAGGAGCAGGACGACUCCGCCAGGGCCGAGGACGACGUUGAACGCAACCGAUGGAAUCCCCAGCCGCUGCCAGACGGAGAAACCGAAAGGGUGGACUCGUUAUCAAUAAUUAAAAGAAGAAGAAGGAAGAAGGAGAGAGGAGAAGAAGGAGAAGAAGAAGAGGCACCGUCCUGCUGCUGAACUACUCGGGGAAGAUGCAUCUGCACCAGGUGCUGACGGGAGCCGUGAACCCGGGAGACUGCUGCUACUCGGUGGGCAGCGUGAACGACGUCCCCUUCACGGCCUAUGGCUCCGGUUGCGAUGUAGUGAUCUUGGCCAGUGACUUUGAGUGUGUGCAGAUUAUCCCUGGAGCUCAGAAUGGAAACAUACAGGUGGGCUGCGUGGAGUGCUCCCACCAGCUUGGCAGGAUCGCUGCGUCCUAUGGAAACACAGUCUGCAUCUUUGAACCUCUUUCCACCAACCAAAACAAACGGCAUAAGCAGCUUAACUAUCAGUGGCAAAAGACAGGACAGUUCUUCCUCGAUGCCAUCACCUACAACCUGGCCUGGGACCCACAAGGGAACCGUAUCCUAGCAGCAACCGAGCGGCUCCAACUGUGGGCUCCUCCGCUGGCAGAUGUCCUGAUAGAGGAGGAAGAUGGGCAGUUGAAUGAGGACAAGCCCCACCCUGUCCUUAAUGACUGGAACUGUGUCUGGCAGUGCAAAACUGCUGCAUCUGUUCACAUUGCAAAGUGGUCUCCUGAUGGCGAGUAUAUUGCAACAGUUGGGAAGGAUGACUGUUUACUUAAGGUCUGGUAUCCCACCACGGGCUGGCGAUCUGCUGUUGUGGUCCACGACCCCUUCGAUAAAAAGCCUCCUCCUGUCAACUUCUCCUUUGUUUACCUGGCGCAUCCUCGCUCGGUCACUGGUAUGUCCUGGAGGAAGACCAGCAAGUUCAUGCCCAAGGGAUCAGUGUGCAAUGUGCUGCUGACGUCCUGCGAGGAUGGUGUGUGUAGAAUGUGGUCAGAGACCCUGCUUCCAGAAGACACCCUGCUCGGGGGACAGAUCUCCGAGAACUCGCACUCCUUCAGCUCCAGCCUACCAGGCUUGGCAGGCAAUAAAGACAAGAUCCAGCAUGCUUUAGAGUCAAUCCACCAUCUGAAGCACCUGCGCCGCGGUCGACGACGGUCCUCUGCCCUGGUGGCACAUAGUGAGCUGCUGCCCUCUCAGCUCGGCACGCAGGACACUCACACUCACCGCCACAUCGCUCAUCACGCCAAUGCCCUGUGUCACUUUCACAUCUCAGCCAGUAUUAACCCCAACACAGAUAUCCCAGCAGUGCUGGCCGACUCGGCAGUGUUCAACCCAGACGAUGGCUCCGGUGGCGGCGGCUUCGUGGUUCACUGGCUCAACAAUAAGGACCUUAGCUUCACCACUUCCAUGGACCUCUUUAUGCUGCAGCUCCGUAAGCUCUCUGAACAGCAGAUGGACCAAACUACUGAGGAUCCCCUGGACCCUGAGGGAUCCCAUUUGAAGUUUGACUUUGACCUAGACGACAUGUCUGAUAAAGCCUCCUCAGAACAAGGCGAAGAUGUUGAGCCAGGUGAGCAGGGAAGCACCAAGGCGUCCUCCCCGGGAUCCAGCUCCAGUAUGCCUUUACCCUCCAUGUUGCUAGAGAGGAAGAUGGAGACUUUGAUCACAGAGUGGAACAAGAGCCCAGACAUGCUGUUCACCAUACACCCUACCGAUGGAUCUUUCCUGGUUUGGCAUGUAAAGUACUUGGACGAAUUCAAUCAGGGCAUCUUCAGACAGGUUCAGGUGUCCUUCUCUUCCCGUAUUCCAGUGGCAUUUCCUACAGGCGAUGCCAACUCGCUGAGUAAAAACAUCCUGAUGUACGCGUGCACUUGGACUGAGGGUGACAGUGCCGGGGCAGCGGACCAGGGGAGGAUGGUUCAACGUGUCGCCCACUCUGCAUCAGUGUCGGCCGGCCUGGGUUCACAGUCCCUGGCUAACACUCUCAACCCUCGCCCUGGCAUCAGCCCCGCUGUCAUGAUGGUCUCCAAGCAUGUUGAUGGAUCUCUCAACCAGUGGGCAGUGACAUUUGCAGAGUGCUCUGCCUUCUCAAACGUAUUGACUGUAUCUCAUAAAUUCCGGUACUGUGGCCACCGCUUUCAUCUGAACGACCAAGCCUGCCACACAGUGCUGCCACUGCUGCUGACCUCCUCCCAUCAUAACGCCCUGCUCACGCCUCCCUCAGCACCUGGCAGCCUGGAGGGAGAGCAGCCUCCUACCUUUCCCAUACCAAAGGGACUUCCCAGUAGGAAGCAGCUUCGUAAUGCAGCUACAAGGACCUUCCAUGACCCUAACGCUAUCUACAGUGAGCUGAUCCUGUGGAGGGUGGAUCAUAUUGGACCCCUGUCCUGCACUGGAGGUGUCUCCGAACUGGCCCGAAUCAACUCCCUUCACACCUCUGCUUUCAGCAAUGUUGCUUGGCUACCCACACUCGUACCCAGCUCUGUGCUCGGAACUUACUGUAACAGUGCCAGCGCCUGCUUUGUGGCAUCAGAUGGCAAAAAUCUACGUCUCUAUCAAGCGGUGGUGGAUGCCAGAAAAUUACUGGAUGAGCUGUCAGAUCCUGAAACGUCUAAACUGGUGGGCGAAGUGUUCAACAUUGUCAGCCAGCAGUCCACUGCCAGACCUGGGUGUAUCAUAGAGUUGGAGGUCAUCACAAACCAGUGUGGCGCCAGCACCCAGCUGCUGCAUGUCUUCCAAGAGGACUUCAUUCUAGGUUACAAGCCGCAGAAAGAGCCAGAAGCAUUUGCACCGACCUUUCCAUCUGGCGACGAUUAUCAACCUCCCCCAUUCUCUGAGAAGUUCUUUCUGGUGAUGAUAGAGAAGGAUCUCAACAGGAACUCUGUCCUGCAGAUGUGGCACCUGCACCUGAAAUCUGUGCAGGCCUGUAUGGAUGAACCAAGCCCAGAUUAUAGCUCCCACAGUCAACUAAUGGUUCCCAAUCAAUCCCUGAAUGCCGACUCGUCUCCUGAGACCUCUCCUAUCAGACCCCUGCCACGGUCAUCCUCCACUGCCAACCUGCAGUCAGCCAGCAAACUCAUCCUCAGCUCCAAGCUGGUGUACAGCAAGCGACUCGACCUGCCCCACGGCGUGGAGGUUACCAGGGCUACCCCCUCUGCAGGUCACCUCAGCUCCUCCUCUAUCUACCCUGUGUGUCUGGCUCCGUACCUGAUUGUUACAGCCUGCUCAGAUUCUCGCGUGCGGUUCUGGCACUGUGCUGUGGAGGGCGAUGACGGCUAUAGUGAGAAUGAGCAUGACAACAGGGCGUACCGCUGGGAGCCCUGGGCCCUGAUGAAUGAGGAGGAUGAUAACAACAGUGCUGUGUGUGUGUCGGGGCGGCCUGUAGCUGUGUCCUGCUCCUACAUCGGCCGGGUGGCAGUGGCCUUUAAACAGCCAAGACAAGGACAGCUUCAGGGCUCCGCAAAAGACUUCUCUAUGCAUGUCUCCAUUUACGAGUGCGAGUCCACCGGUGGAUCUGAGUGGGUUUUAGAGCAAACUCUUCACCUGGAUGAGUUCACAAGGAGCUCGUCAACCCUGGAUCCCAGAGUCAGUGUGGACUCCAACCUGUUUGUCUACAGCAGGUCCGACCUGUACAUGACCAGAGACCAUAGCUCCCCCAACAUAAAGCACUAUGUUCAUCUGGACUGGCUGUCGAAGGAGGAUGGAUCUCACAUCCUCACGGUGGGGGUUGGAUCCAACAUUCUCAUGUAUGGCCGUAUUUCUGGCAUGGUUAACGAGCAGACUUACAGCAAGGAGGGAGUGGCUGUCAUUACCCUGCCUCUAGGGGGCAGUAUCAAACAGGGAAUCCGCUCACGCUGGAUCCUGCUUCGGUCUGUGGACCUCCUGUCCUCAGUGGAUGGCACACCAUCUCUGCCCGUCUCCCUGUCCUGGGUAAGGGACGGCAUCCUAGUUGUGGGCAUGGAUUGUGAGAUGCAUGUGUAUGCCCAGUGGCAUCAGGACAAGAAGCCUGGUGAGGGAGACGAGGGCAACCUCUCAUCGGCCGACAUUGCUGGAGGUCAAACCACCGGUUCCUCCUCAGUCUUUGAAGGGAGAACCAGGUCCAAGAGUGUGUUUGAAGGAAACACUGCAGUGGACGAGGCUCUUCGUGCACCGGCUGGACUUCAGGAGGGGGGACUGUUUGAGGCUGCCCACUCCUUAUCUCCAACUCUACCCCAGUACCAUCCAACACAGCUGCUAGAACUCAUGGAUCUGGGCAAGGUUCGCCGUGCCAAGGCCAUCCUUGCUCACCUGGUUAAGUGCAUUGCCGGGGAAGUUGCUGUGGUGAGGGAUGUGGAGGCCGGUGAGGGCGGGGCCAGGAGACAUCUGUCACGAACCAUCAGUGUGACCGGCAGCACAGCGAAAGACACCAUUGUUGCAGGCCGUGACGGAGGCAGGGACUACACCGAGAUUAACUCCAUCCCUCCACUGCCCCUUUACGCCCUCAUGCUGGCUGAUCUAGACACCUCCUAUAAGGGAGCGGAAGAGGCUGCUAAGGGAGCCAAAGUGGGGGAUGGCGAUGGAGGGCAGACGUCCACAGAGGACCAGUAUGCUGACCUCUUCGGGGUGCAAGCGGUCACCACAGAUGACUUUGUAAACUUUGCCUCAGAAAAACCAGAUAAGAAGUCCAGAGUUAUUAACCUCUCUCAAUAUGGACCCACCUACUUUGGACCAGAACACGCCCAGGUAUUGUCCAGUCACCUCAUGCACUCCAGCCUACCGGGGCUGACCAGACUCGAGCAGAUGUUCCUGGUGGCCUUGGCUGACACUGUUGCAACCACCAGUGCUGAGGUCACGAGUUCCACUGAUCAGCAGUACACAGGUGGUGAGGCUCUGGACGAGUGUGGGCUGAGGUUCAUGCUGGCCAUGCGUCUCCAUACCUGCCUGCUCACCUCUCUGCCCCCUUUGUACCGCAUGCAGCUGCUCCACCAGGGUCUAUCAACGUGUCACUUUGCAUGGGCCUUCCACUCCGAAGCGGAAGAGGAGCUGCUCAACAUGAUCCCGGCCAUGCAGAGAGGAGACCCACAGUGGUCUGAGCUCAGAGCUGUUGGAGUGGGUUGGUGGAUACGCAACAUCAACACCCUGCGGAAAAUGGUGGAAAAGAUCGGUAAAGCUGCCUUCCAGAGACACAAUGACCCUUUAGAUGCUGCUCUGUUCUACUUGGCCACGAAGAAGAAAGCUGUCCUGUGGGGGCUCUUCAGGUCUCAGCACGACGAGAAGAUGACUCAGUUCUUCAAAAACAACUUCACUGAAGAUCGCUGGCGAAAGGCCGCCCUGAAAAAUGCUUUCUCAUUGCUGGGAAAGCAGCGCUUUGAACAGGCUGCUGCUUUCUUUCUACUGGCUGGAUCCCUCAAAGACGCCAUAGAGGUGCUGAUGGAGAAAAUGGACGAUCUCCAGUUAGCCAUGAUAGUAGCCAGGUUGUAUGAGGCCGACUUUGAGAACUCACCCACUUGCCAGGGCCUCCUGUAUGAGAAAGUCAUGGGCUGUAACAAAGAUGGAAGUGGUUACCACUGCUCCAGGCUGCACCCGGACCCAUUCCUCCGCAGCAUAGCCUACUGGAUUAUGAAGGAUUACACUCGAGCCCUGGACACACUGCUGGAGCGAAUCCCCAAAGAGGAUGAUGAGAACCCUGAUGAGACGGUGAAAUCUUGCAACCCUGUGGUGUUUAGUUUCUAUAACUACCUGAGGACACACCCACUGAUAAUCCGUCGCCACCUUGCCGAGGCCACAGCGACAACUGUGGGCGUCACCACAGAGAAGAGCAGCGCGGAUGAGAUCAACCUCAUAGAGCGCAAACUGUUCUUCACUACAGCCAAUGCACACUUCAAGGUGGGCUGCCCAGUUCUGGCUCUGGAAGUGCUAUCCAAGAUCCCCAAAGUUACCAAGAGAUCGGGCUCCUCGCCUCUCAGCAAAGCUUCAUCCAAGGGCAACUUAUACUCAACCCAACCCCUGGAAAAUGGCACCCAGGGCAGUUUGGACUGGAGCACACCAGGAUUCCCUGCCCCUGCCUGGGGAGGAAAUGAUAGUGGGGGAGGAUUGGACUGGAGCCAGCCUCUGGUCAAGGUGGAUGACAACGACCUGAAGCUGGACUGGGAAGAUGACAAGAGAGAUGAUGAUGAAGAUGAUGAUGAUGAUGAUGAUGGUGGCGGUCUGACAAUGAAGAAACCAGAGUCUGAGUCCAAAGCAGACAGGGGUUCAGAGAGUGGAAGGCCCAAACUGAAGAGAGCAGACUCACAGGGUGAGUCGGAGGUGGAUGUCAUUGCAGAGCAGCUGAAGUUCCGUGCCUGUCUGAAAAUCCUCAUGACAGAGCUGCGUACACUGGCCACAGGUUUCGAGGUGGACGGGGGAAAGCUACGUUUCCAACUCUACAAUUGGCUGGAGAAGGAAAUAGCAGGCAUGCAUAUGAUCUGCAACUACAAGGUGGAGGGACAGGAGGACGAUGCAGAGGUGGAGCGGUGGGGAGAGCGCACGGCGUCAGUGGACAUAUCAGAAGAAGCCAUGGAGCAGACGGAGGCCGGGGCCUACGAGCGCCACCAGAUGGAGCGACGUCGUCUUCAGGCCAAGCAGCAGCACUCUGAGAGGCGUAAGGCGUGGCUGAGGAAGAACCAGGCCCUGCUGAGGGUGUUUCUGUCCUACUGCAGCCUCCAUGGGGCCAAGGGAGGAGGAGUCACUUCUGUUCGUAUGGAGCUUCUGUUCCUUCUGCAGGAGAGCCAGCAGGAGACCACAGUGAAACAGCUCCAGUCUCCUCUGCCCCUGCCGACUACACUGCCUCUUCUGUCAGCUUCCAUCGCUCCCACCAAGACGGUCAUAGCGAAUCCCGUUCUCCACCUCAGCAACCACAUCCACGACAUUCUCCACACCGUCAGCCUGUUGGACGGCCCGCCACAUCCUGACAUAAUGGAUGAUCGGAUCAGCGCUCUACACACACUAGCAGCUUCUCUGUCUGCUUGCAUCUACCAAGCAUUGUGUGACAGCCACAGCUACAGCACUCAGACAGAGGCCAGCCAGUUUACAGGGAUGGUGUACCAGGGCCUGUUGCUCAGUGAGAGGAAAAGGCUUCGCACAGAAAGCAUCGAGGAACAUGUAACGCCCAACUCCGCUCCUGCACAAUGGCCAGGUGUGUCGUCCCUGAUUUCUCUGUUGACGUCUGCCAGGGAGGAGGGCCAGCCAAGGCUCAACGUGCUGCUGUGUGAAGCAGUCGUGGCUGUUUAUCUCGCGCUGCUCAUUCAUGGCCUGGGUACUCACAGCAGCAAUGAACUCUUCCGCCUGGCGGCACAUCCCCUCAACAACCGCAUGUGGGCCGCUGUCUUUGGAGGAGGGGCCAAACUCAUUAUUAAGCCAAAGAGGAUUGAGGCCCCACCAGUGCCAGCUGAUUUUGAGGCAGCCAGGCCAGAGGAGUCUCAAGACGAGACAGGAAGACCUGGGCAGAGCAGCCUCACCCCAAACCCCACUCCCAUCCCCACAGAAACCAAGCGCCCCAUGCGACCCCCUCCUGCCCUUUCGAGGGUGGAGGGGUUGGGCACUGUGGCACCAGCAACUAAGGCCAGCUCAACUGCUGGGCCUAGCCAGGAUUGUUCAGAGGCGAAGGCUGAGCCACCGUCUCAGACUAAGUGUGAAUCUGAGACUAAAGCAGCGGCUCUCCCUCAGCCCCAAGCAGAGGACUCGGACCGGUACAGGCGCAGGUUCAACAUGAGGAUGCUCGUUCCUGGUCGCCCCGUAAAGGAGACGCCGGUCAACCCACCCCCAGUGCCCGUAGAGAGACCCGCCUACAGGGAGAAGUUCAUCCCCCCCGAGCUGAGCAUGUGGGACUACUUUGUGGCCAAACCUUUCCUGCCGCUGUCAGACAGCAACGCUCUGUGUGACUCAGAUGAAAGCGGCGCAGAGGAGGACGAAGAUGAUGAUGACUGCUUCCUUUCUGACACACAGAUAACGGAGCACUCCGACCCCAACUCCUACAGCUGGUCCCUGAUCCGCCUGGUCAUGGUGAAGCUGGCUCAUCACAAUGUCAAGAACUUCCUCCCUCUCACCGGCCUCGACUUCACAGACCUGCCAGUCACUUCCCCUCUAAGCAACGCUGUGCUGAAGACUUUAGAGCACUGGGAGCAGCUUCUGCAGGAGCGAAUGAACAAGUUUGACGGCCCGCCUCCCAACUACAUCAACACUUACCCUACUGACCUCAGCGCAGGAGGUGGCCCUGCCAUUCUCCGACACAAGGCCAUGCUGGAGCCAGACAACACACCAUUCAAGACGAAGAACCACCAGUCGUUUCCAGCGCGACGUCUUUGGCACUUCCUGGUCAAACAGGAAGUUCUUCAGGAUACUUUGAUCCGUUACAUCUUUACUAAAAAAAGGAAGCAGUGUGAGUCUGUAGAGAACCAUACGGACCAUAUAAGCCCAAACUGCAUAGCAGGAGCUAGCCGUCCCUAUAAGGUGGAGGCAGAUCUGGGGUACCCAGGAGGCAAAGCUAAAAUCAUUCACAAGGAGUCUGAUAUCAUCAUGGCCUUUGCCAUCAACAAGGCUAACUCCAAUGAGAUUGUGUUGGCCUCCACUCAUGAUGUGCAGGAGGUGGACGUGUCCACUCUUGUUGCUGUCCAGCCUUUCACCUGGAUAGGAGAGGACUUUGAUAAGGAGUCCCGCAGCUCUGACGACGGUGACCAUCGUUCCUCUCACACCAACAUUUCCCAGGCCAGCUCGGUCCCUUUUGCCCCCCCACAGAUGCAGGUCUCUGCAUCUAUGCCGUGGCUCGGCAGUGGACAGACCAGCAUGGGAGCCAGUGUGAUUAUGAAGAGGAAUUUAAACAAUGUAAAGAGGAUGACGUCUCACCCCAUAUAUCAGUAUUACAUGACGGGUGCUCAGGAUGGCAGUGUCAGAAUGUUUGAAUGGAACCGACCUCAGCAGCUUAUCUGCUUCAGACAAGCAGGCAACGCCAGAGUCACCCGGCUCUAUUUCAACUCCCAGGGCAAUAAGUGUGGAGUCGCGGAUGGAGAGGGCUUCCUCAGUCUCUGGCAGGUCAACCAGACAUCGUCCAACCCCAAACCCUACCUGAGUUGGCAGUGCCACACUAAGACCUGCGGUGAUUUUGCCUUCAUCACGUCCUCCAGCCUCAUCGCCACAGCCGGCCAGUCCAACGAUAACAGAAAUGUUUGCCUGUGGGAUACUCUGAUUUCACCUAGCAAUACCAUGGUCCACGCGUUCCCCUGCCAUGAGAACGGGGCCACUGUGCUGCAGUACGCUCCGAAGCAGCAGCUGCUGAUCACUGGAGGCAGAAAGGGCUUUGUGUGCGUGUUCGACAUCCGCCAGAGGCAGCUGCUCCACACUUUCCAGGCCCAUGACUCAGCCAUCAAGGCCCUCGCACUGGAUGCCUUCGAGGACUUCUUCGUCACGGGCUCCGCAGAGGGCAACAUGAAGGUGUGGAAAAUAGCCGGCCACGGGCUCAUGCACUCUUUCAGCAGCGAGCACGCCAAGCAGUCCAUCUUCCGCAACAUCGGCGCCGGCGUGAUGCAGGUGGAGACGCGGCCCGGCAAUCGCAUCUUCACCUGUGGAGCGGACGGAACCCUGAAGAUGAGGGUCCUCCCCGACCGCUACAACAUCCCCAGCAGCCUGGUCGACGUCCUGUAACGCCCACUUCCACUUUCCAGGGUCCAAAGACAAAAAGGGACAGAAAGACAAAACACCAAAAGCUUAUGUAACACUCACUAGGCAUUAGUAGUAUAACGGAUGGGGGACAACUUAGUCAGAAGACCGCCACGCUUUUGGCUUCUUCCCGAGUGUGCAGUGUUCACGGGUUUCCCGCCGAUGUAAAUCAAACCCAGAGUGAGAAACGGAGCUGCAAAUAUUCAUCCCCCCCCUCCAAAGGCUGAAAGCAAAGUUACAAGCAGAAGUUAUCAUACUUGAUUUUAAAGCUAGAUUUAUUGUAAUUUUAUUGAAGAAUCUCUACUCUUAGAGUGUGUCCAUAGGGAAGCUAUGCAUGUCCUGUUCUCGUGACGCGGUGCAAUCACAGGUCUAUUGAUAGUGCUCUGUAAAAGUGCUCAAGCAAAACUUUUAAAAGUGUGUAACUGUUGUCAUUUUGUGCCCACAGCUGAAAUCUCUUAGCAUCUACUGUAACCAGCACUGUGGUUUGUUAUUAAGUCGGUGGUUUCCAGUGUGAAUCGAGUUGUUGGAAUCUGCAUUUUGUUUCAAUGGUUUUUACCCCCCCGCCCUUUGCCCCAGCCUUUUUACCCGGCUUCUCUCGGCCCUUAUGGAAGAGUUGAUGGUUCAUUGCUCCUGUAGUGACACCCCACCCCUACCCCCCCCCCUGCUGGCUGCCCAUCACUCCCUCUGGCCUCUCCCGGCGUGGGCUCGAACCCGGCCCGGUCCCGGAGCGUGUGUUUCACUCUGCUGUGUCCGCCAUCGUCACGCCUGCCCGCUCACCUGCCCUCAAAUGCCUGUUUGUGUGGCGAACGUCACUGCUAGAACAUUCCUGUUUGGAAGAUGAUGUGUUUUACUCCUGUGACUGUGAUUUUCAAUGUUUCCAUCUGUCUGGUCCAAACCUGAACCCCCCCACCCCCCCCCCCCCCCCCCCCCUACAGAGCUGAAACACAAAGGUUCACUUCUAGUUUGCACAAGAUGAUUCUUUUUAUUUUUUAUCAUUUUAAUUUAUUUAUAUGUUUGUGUUUGUUUGUUUUUGUUUGUUUGUUUGGCCAUUCCUUCGUCAAACUAUUUAACUUAUUGCCUUUUAUUUUAGGAAUGUAAGGGGUUUACCGUAUCGGACUGGGAGAAGUGCAACACAGUCGACUGUGUGUAAGUGUGUGUGUUACCUCGCUAGUUGUUUUUACUGUUUCGUCCAUAAGAACUAGAUAUUUGCACUCGAAAUUCCGGACACACUAAAAGUUUAUUUCCAAUAAAUAGGUUAAUGAAGAAGAACCUGUUAUAUACAAAUGAAUGUCUUGCUUCAUUUGGCCUAGUGGUAAAAUGUUUGAAAUAGUUUUAAUAUAUAAACAAUAUAAAUAAAUAUAUAUAUAUAAAUGAUCUUAAACAUAUAUAUAUAUAUAUAUAAAUAUAAUCACGACGGCUUGUACAAACAUUAAAGCAUUUCUUUAUUUUUGUUUCCGUUCGUAUCAUACCAGCUGGAUUAGUUGUAACUUUUGUUAAGUGUAUGUAUGGUAUUUAUUAAAGAGAUUUGUGUUUCUCUCCCUCUCUCUGCCCACUAUGUGUACUGUAUGUAUCGUUUGUGUUUUACCAAUGGUCCUACUGGUGUCCGAUGCAUGUGUGUAUGUAUGUUUGUACGUAUGUUUGUAUGUAUGUGUGCGUGUGUGUGUACAUGUAAUGAUGCAAAACAAGCCAGUAUCAUGGGUAGAUACUUACUAGGGCACUUGAGCCUGAAGGUUUGAGAGAGAACAGGUCAUGGUCAGAGUUUUACCUUUGUAAAGUGAAUAAAUUCUUUUUAUUUCAUCAGG